GCCCGCACGUCCCGGACGGGCUGCGGCGGAGCGCGCGGGGCCAGCUCUGCAGAAGGCGGCGGCUGGCUGGCCGGGACGGUCACAUCCUGCUGCAGGGACCGGCGGAGGGAGCCGCACCGCCCUCCGCACCGGGGACCCAGGCCAGCGGCCAGGCCGCGCCGGCAACGCCCCCAGCUCCGGGAUAGACCGCGCGACCCGCGCGGUCUCCGGGGUCCGCAGACCAGCAGCCGGUGCCCACUCCGCCACUGUCCUCUGCACGAAAGUCGGCCCCGCGCUGCCAGCCUCGCGGGGCCCGUGCCGGGAUGGGGUAGGAGCAGCGCCAGAGUCAGAUGAUGGGCCGCCCCCUGGGCACCGAGCAGCCCCCCGAGGCCUGACAGACCGCGAGGACCGGCGGAGGAGCCCCGCCUGGAUGUAAAGCGGAUGCCCCAGUGCCCCCGCAACGGACUCUGUGGGGACCAUGGCUUCGCUGAUGCCCCUCUCCCCAUAUCUAAGCCCCACGGUCCUCCUGCUGGUCAGCUGUGACCUGGGCUUUGUGCGAGCAGACCGACCUCCCUCUCCUGUGAAUGUGACGGUCACUCACCUCAGAGCCAACUCGGCCACUGUGUCCUGGGACGUCCCGGAAGGCAACAUCGUCAUUGGCUACUCCAUUUCCCAGCAACGGCAGAAUGGCCCUGGGCAGCGUGUGAUCCGGGAGGUGAACACCACCACUAGGGCCUGUGCCCUCUGGGGCCUGGCUGAAGACAGCGACUACACAGUGCAGGUCAGGAGCAUUGGCCUUCGGGGAGAGAGCCCCCCAGGGCCCCGGGUGCACUUCCGAACUCUCAAGGGUUCUGACCGGCUGCCUUCCAACAGCUCCAGCCCAGGUGACAUCACAGUGGAGGGGCUGGAUGGAGAGCGACCACUGCAGACGGGGGAAGUGGUCAUCAUUGUGGUGGUGUUGCUCAUGUGGGCCGCUGUAAUUGGGCUGUUCUGCCGUCAGUAUGACAUCAUCAAGGACAAUGACUCCAACAACAACCCCAAGGAGAAAGGGAAGGGGCCGGAACAGAGUCCUCAGGGAAGGCCAGUGGGAACAAGACAGAAAAAAUCAUCAUCCAUCAACACCAUCGAUGUUUGAGUGAAGAUGUUUGUGUGAAGACGCAGAACCAGAUGCAGUAACAACCUGGGGAUGGGGAUGGGGCGGGAUCAGGGAAAGCCUAAGAAGGUGAUCUACCCAAAACUCCAGAGGGUAAUGCACUUCCAUGAUCUCAAGCUGGUGCCCAUCCUCUUUCCACUGUGAGCAGGGACAGAAGGUAGGUCCGUUAGAGUCUGUACCCCUGGACCUGGAGAGUGGAUAUCACAUGAAGCAUCUCCCAUCCCCCAGGCCCAGUGAAAAUCAUCUGUUCAGUCCUUUCCCAUUAGGUCCCAAAUAGGGGCCCCAUUUCACCUGCAUCAGGACUCUUGGCAUCCCCAGCUGCUCUCACAUCUUGCCUCUGGGCCUUAGGAGGGGUGUUUCUGUGGGUACUCGCCCGCCCCCAGCCAAUAACAGGAAUCAUCUGGGACUGACUAGAGGCAGAUGCUGCACUGCACUACUCCAAUGUCUUCCAUGGAGCCUCUGGUGCUCCCCCCUCACCUGGCAGCCCCUCCAGCUGCUGGUGAUCUCACUCCUUGGACAUUUUUCCAAUAAAGGUUCUUGAACAAA